AUGAGUUCUAACGACUUAAAUAUUGAGCGGUGGUUAGAAGAAGAUCUAUCAGAUGAAGAAAACAUAUCAAACGAUGAAUGUAGCGACGUGGAUUGUGACGUAGACUUGAAUCAUGUGUUAGAAGAAAGUUAUGGAUCAGAUUCCGAAUAUGAAGAGACAGCUGAGAGGGAAAAUUCUUUGUGUCAUAAUUCUUUAUCUUCGAUUCCACCAGAUGAUGAAGCGUUUUUAUCUGAAGAUGAUGAGCCCCUAUCACAAAUGCGAUCGCGGCCAAGGAAAAAGAAAUUUUUCGGAAAAAAUCGCGAACGUUACAUCAUAAUAUUGUGCAAGAACCACCUGGAGUAA